CACACAACUGGCAGGGGAAAAAAAAAAAAAGAAAAACCUCAGACAUGGAUGACCCACUCACAAAAUGGCUCCACUUACACAGUAACAUCAACAACACGGCUGGAGCGUGGACUCGAGCGAGUGGUGACGGUAUAAAAAUGAUGGAAAAACGGCAGCCGGAGUUGUGUCCUGGAAGUCCCGAUGCAGAGUCCGGUCCUGGAAAGCGGGAGGACUCCUCCAUCAUCUCCAGACAGAACGGAUGCAAGGAGGACGAGGAGCCGAGGAGAGAGGAGGGGGCGGAGGUGAGGGGAGGGAGCUUUAAGGGGGUUGAAGAGACGGAUGACGUUCCUCUGCAGAACUCGAGCAACGGGACCAGCAUCAGCAUCAUCAUCAACGGCGUUGCCAAGGAAACUGCCUCUCACAACGCCCUUGACCUGAAAAGGGAAGUGCCGGUGAUCGAGCUCUCCAGGAGGGACGCUAUAAAAGCGGUGGAGCAGAGGACUGAAAGCCAUUUGGUGCCGAUCACGGAACUUCGCAGACCUCCACCGCUGCCGCUGCCGCCGCCGCACCGAGACGACGCUCGAAUGGUCCAACUGAGCCCAAACGCGUUUCCUGUCCCGGCCCGGGCGAUGCUCUACAACCUGGCGCAGCCUCUCGCCGCCAUCAACAGUCUCGGAGGGGAGUCGGAGCAGUACAGCAUGUACCCCAGCAACAGGGUAAAGCGCCGCCCGGCGCCUUAUGAGGUUGAACUCGACGAGGGUAGGCGCAUUUUAGAUCUUUAUAAGUAUGCUGGCCAGCCAAAGAUUGUUCGCCGUAUCUUCACUAAUAGUCGUGAACGUUGGCGGCAACAGAACGUAAACGGGGCAUUUGCGGAGCUUCGCAAACUCAUCCCCACUCACCCUCCGGACAAGAAGCUAAGCAAGAAUGAGAUCCUUCGGCUUGCUAUGAAGUACAUCAGCUUCCUCUCCAACCUCCUGGAGGACCAGGACGGAGGGAGGAAUGUUGGCAGCACAACUGAUGGGGAAACAGGGCUGCUGGUUGGGGUUGGGGCCCAUGACGGGGGCCCUCAGGGUGGACCACAUCAGGACACAGUGGUGGGCCUAGCCAGGGACGACCUUCUGGAGACAAUGUCACCAGGCUCCAGCUGUGGAAGCCUGCCUGAUGGCGAUGCUGAAGGCAGUCCUGAGAGCUUUAUGGAGGACCAGGACUCACCUCCAGCUCCAAGGACUCUAACGGCUUCUCGUGGGACCGCACUGCAUCUAGCUGCUAGGGAUCUGAGGCGCAAUGGACGCCCGUUGGAUGGCUCCAGUCGCCGAUGAUGCUGAUGCCAACAGACCACGGACACAACACCUGAGACUGAAAGAGAACAAUGAGAGAGACUAAGUAAGAGAUGGAUAUGCUCAGGACCUGUUAGCUUUGAGUUGUCAGUGUAAGAAGGAGAAUCAAGCGCCAUGUAGUGAGAUAGUGGUGUCCAAAAUGGAUCAGGAUUUACAUUCCUGUCUCCACACUACACCUGAUGAAUAGCUUGGUUCAAAUGGUGAUUGAUUGAAUUAGAUCCAACAAAAGACUUGUAAAUUCUGCAUGUCUCAUGUCUUUGACUGACCUGCGGCUUAUAACUUUCUGUGUUUUGAAAGUCCAAAGACUGGAUAUUCUACAAAAAAAAAACCACACACACACACACACACAAAAGAACAAGCAAACAUAACAAAACAAGACAAAACCAAACAAAAGAAUCAACGAGACACUCAGCAGAGACUUUUGAUGUGUAAUAUUGAAAUUCACUAAUGAUAAUAUUGAUUACAUUAUGGUGCAGGCAGAAUAGAUCUAACAUGCUUGCAGAGUGCGGCAGGUAAAUGGUUCUAAAGUGUCAUUGAAUAAACCUGGAGAUUUAUGGCCAACAAAUUGAAUGUGUUAGAAUAAUGACACAAAAAUAAGUAUGCCUCAGUUGGAGGCCGUAAAUGAAUGGACUGGACUCUAAUUGUACCCAUGCAGUUACGUAUGUAUUGUAAAUAGCAUUAUAUUUCCACUGCACAAUGUAAUGAACAGUGACUCGAGUUCAAGUCAUGUGAUUUAAGAUGUACCGUAGUGUGUUUGUCGAUGGGUUUACUAGCAAAAUGGUCUUUUAGUAGACAGGAAAUGAGGAUAAAUGAGAGGAAAUGAGAUAAACUCAUAAUGUAAAGCAAGCAACUGAACCUAGUACAUCAAAUGUGGUACCAUUUAAUUCUUUUACACUUUGGUGAUGAGAAAAUGACACCAAAUAUGGCACCAGACAGUUUGACAAUUUCACUGCCUGGAAUCAAUAUAUCUAUUUGAAAUUGCUGUGGAGGUACAAGACAUGCAGCGUGUUUCUUUAAGUGUACAAAAUAUGGGUCAUAUGAAAUCAUGGGCUGACCCAUGGAGUCCUUUUGAUAUGAAUGUCUCUUUCAGUGUAUUUUUUUUUUUAAACUGUAAUGCAGUUGUAGUUUAGUAAGGUACACAAAUAAAUCCCUUCAUUGCCGCAUUUCACAUAUGUGCACACAGCCACAUAGAGGCAUACAUGCCAACACUAACACACAUACACCACACAGUGUUAAUAUCAUAACAACACCAGCAGUUUUCUGACAAAGACAGUAAAGUAUUGCUCACUGUUGUUGGUUACCCUGCUUUUUCAGCAGGACUUAGUAGCUUCUAUUGGUACCUUUGGUAACUAUGGUAUUUUAUGAAUUGCAGUAAAGGGACAUUGUACGUUUGGUAAUGACAUAUUUGUUGUAAGAUAGUUGUAUCUAUAAAUAUAUCCAAUGUUAAAUCGAUGAAUUUUAUACAAAACCCCUGAAUAAAACACACGGAGGAAAUGCCUUGUAUUUGAUCUCACGCAAGCAUGUUGUGGGUCUUAUUGAUUCAGUUCAAUUCAUUUGAGUUUAGCUCCAUUAAAUUUAAUUCAGAUCA